GCGUCACCGCGGCGCCGUCGGCUCGCUUGGCGCGCAGGGCCGGGUGUGCGCGGUCCGCCUUCCUCUCCCGCUUCUCUGCCCGCGUCCCGGCUCCGAGAUGCCGUCGGCCCUGGGCCUGGCCGUGCCGGCCGCCGCGGCCCCGCAGGAAGCGCUGGAAACGGCGGGGCGGCUCAUCGACCGGCAGCUGCAGGAGGACCGGCUGGGCCCCGACCUCUCCGAGCUGCUGCUGGCGUCCGCCCCGACUAAUCCCACUGUCUCCGGCAUGUCAGAUAUGGACUAUCCUCUCCAAGGACCUGGUUUGCUGUCGGUGCCCAACCUCCCAGAGAUCAGCACCGUCCGAAGGGUUCCUCUCCCGCCAGAACUUGUUGAGCAGUUUGGGCACAUGCAGUGUAACUGCAUGAUGGGCGUGUUCCCUGCCAUCAGCAGAGCGUGGCUCACUAUUGACAGUGACAUCUUCAUGUGGAACUAUGAAGACGGAGGAGACCUUGCCUAUUUUGAUGGACUUAGUGAGACGAUUCUUGCUGUGGGGCUUGUGAAGCCAAAAGCUGGCAUCUUUCAGCCUCACAUACGACACCUACUGGUUUUAGCAACCCCUGUGGACAUAGUGAUUCUUGGACUCAGCUACGCCAAUCUGCAAGCAGGCUCUGGGGUCCUUAAUGACAGUAUGCAUGGUGGGAUGCAGCUGCUCCCCGACCCCUUGUACUCUCUUCCCACUGAUAACACCUACCUUCUAACCAUCACCUCCACUGAUAACGGCAGGAUCUUCUUGGCUGGAAAGGACGGCUGUUUAUAUGAAGUAGCAUAUCAGGCAGAGGCGGGCUGGUUUAGCCAAAGAUGUAGGAAAAUAAACCACUCAAAGAGCUCACUUUCUUUCCUUGUUCCUUCGUUGCUACAGUUCACUUUCUCAGAAGAUGAUCCCAUUGUUCAAAUUGCAAUUGAUAAUUCUAGAAAUAUUUUAUACACACGAUCUGAGAGAGGAGUAAUACAAGUUUAUGACCUGGGCCACGACGGACAAGGAAUGAGCAGGGUCGCCUCCGUGUCGCAGAAUUCCAUCGUCUCUGCUGCUGGAAACAUUGCCAGGACCAUCGAUCGCUCUGUUUUUAAACCAGUUGUGCAAAUAGCAGUGAUUGAAAAUUCUGAGUCACUGGACUGUCAGUUACUGGCCGUCACACACGCAGGUGUGAGGUUAUAUUUCAGCACUUGUCCCUUCAGACAGCCUCUAGCAAGACCGAAUACGUUGACCCUGGUGCAUGUCCGCUUGCCCCCCGGCUUCUCAGCAUCCUCCACAGUGGAAAAGCCUUCCAAAGUGCACAAAGCCCUGUACAGUAAAGGUAUUUUACUGAUGGCAGCCUCAGAAAAUGAAGAUAAUGAUAUUUUGUGGUGUAUCAAUCAUGAUACUUUUCCUUUCCAAAGACCAAUGAUGGAAACCCAGAUGACAGCCCGUGUGGAUGGCCACUCGUGGGCUCUUUCUGCCAUAGACGAGCUCAAAGUAGAUAAGAUCAUCACGCCCUUAAACAAGGACCAUAUUCCCAUAACGGACUCGCCAGUGGUCGUACAGCAGCACGUGCUGCCGCCGAAGAAGUUUGUCCUCUUGUCAGCACAGGGGAGCCUCAUGUUCCAUAAGCUUAGACCUGUAGAUCAACUAAGACAUCUACUCGUGAGCAACGUGGGCGGAGAUGGAGAAGACAUCGAAAGGUUUUUUAAGUUACACCAGGAAGAUCAGGCUUGCGCUACCUGCCUGAUCCUUGCUUGUUCCAGUGCUGCUUGUGACAGAGAGGUGUCUGCCUGGGCCACAAGGGCUUUCUUCAGGUAUGGUGGUGAAGCCCAGAUGAGAUUUCCAACCGCUCUCCCUACGCCGAGCAAUGUCGGGCCCAUCUUGGGGUCUCCUGUCUACGCCAGUUCUCCUCUUCCUGGUGGUAGUCCCUACCCAAAUCCAUCCUUCUUGGCAACACCAGUUCAAGGUGUUCAUCCUCCUGCCAUGUCAACCCCACUGUGUGCCCCAGGAAACCCCGCAGCUCAGGCCCCAAGUCUGAGCUGUGUGACUGGGCCUGAGAUUGUGUAUUCGGGAAAACACAAUGGCAUUUGCAUUUACUUUUCUCGAAUCAUGGGAAACAUCUGGGAUGCUAGUUUGGUUGUGGAGAGAGUCUUCAAGAGCGGCAGCCGAGACAUCACUGCAAUUGAAAGUAGUGUUCCUUCUCAGCUUUUGGAGUCAGUACUACAAGAACUCAAAGGUCUACAAGAAUUUCUAGACAGGAACUCCCAGUUUGCUGGAGGGCCAUUAGGAAAUCCUAACGCUCCCGCCAAGGCGCAGCAGAGGCUUCUCGGGUUCAUAUGUCCCGAAAACGGAAACAGCCAGCAGAUGCAGCAGGAGCUGCAGCGCAAAUUCCAUGAGGCUCAGCUGAGUGAGAAAGCUUCACUUCAGGCAAUCCAGCAGCUGGUUCGAAAAUCAUACCAGGCUCUGGCUUUAUGGAAACUCCUCUGUGAGCACCAGUUCUCUGCCAUUGCCGCGGAGCUGCAGAAGGAAUUUCAAGAGCAAUUGAAAAUCACUACCUUUAAGGACUUGGUCAUCAGGGACAAGGAGCUGACUGGAGCCCUGAUCGCGUCCCUCAUCAACUGUUACAUCAGAGACAACGCCGCCGUCGAUGGCAUCAGUUUGCACUUGCAGGACAUUUGCCCACUGCUGUACAGCACAGAUGACGCAGUCUGCUCCAAGGCAAACGAACUUCUGCAGCGUUCCAGGCAAGUUCAAAAUAAGAUUGAAAAGGAAACAAUGUUACGGGAGUCAUUAAAAGAAUACCAACAGAUAAGCAGCCAAGUGGAUCUUGCCGGUGUCUGUGCUCAGUAUAGACAAGUCCGUUUCUACGAGGGCGUCGUGGAGCUGUCGCUCACUGCUGCGGAGAAGAAAGAUCCUCAGGGCCUCGGGCUUCACUUCUACAAGCACGGAGAGCCGGAAGAAGACACCGUGGGUCUUCAGGCUUUCCAAGAAAGAUUAAGUAGCUACAAGUGCAUCACAGAUACACUUCAGGAGCUGGUCAAUCAGAGUAAGGCAGCACCCCAGUCACCCAGUGUACCUAAGAAGCCGGGGCCGCCGGUGUUGUCGUCUGAUCCCAACAUGCUGAGCAAUGAAGAAGCAGGACGUCACUUUGAACAAAUGCUUAAAUUGUCUCAAAGGUCCAAAGAUGAGCUCUUCAGCAUCGCCCUUUAUAACUGGCUCAUACAAGCUGAUCUUGCUGAUAAACUCCUGCAGAUCGCCUCUCCAUUUCUGGAGCCACAUCUAGUUCGAAUGGCCAAAGUCGACCAAAACAAAGUCCGGUACAUGGAUUUGCUCUGGAGGUACUAUGAGAAGAACCGAAGUUUCAGCAGUGCUGCGCGCGUCCUCUCCAAGCUGGCCGAUAUGCACAGCACAGAAAUUUCACUCCAGCAGCGACUAGAGUACAUUGCUCGAGCCAUUCUUAGUGCCAAGAGUUCCACUGCCAUUUCAUCUACCGCUGCAGAUGGCGAGUUCCUCCAUGAACUGGAAGAGAAAAUGGAAGUUGCUCGGAUCCAGCUCCAGAUCCAAGAGACCCUGCAGAGGCGAUAUUCCCAUCAUUCCUCUGUGCAGGAUGCAGUUUCCCAGCUGGACUCUGAGCUCAUGGACAUCACGAAGCUUUAUGGUGAAUUUGCUGACCCAUUUAAACUCGCGGAGUGUAAACUUGCAAUCAUUCAUUGUGCUGGUUAUUCAGACCCCAUAUUGGUGCAGACACUUUGGCAGGACAUCGUGGAAAAAGAGCUAAAUGAAAGCGUGGCUCUGAGCUCCUCAGAUAGGAUGCGCGCGCUCAGUCUCAAGAUGGUCAUCCUGGGCAAGACCUAUGUCGGCACCCCCCGCUUCUUCCCGCUAGAUUUUAUUGUGCAAUUCUUAGAGCAGCAAGUCUGCACUUUAAACUGGGACGUUGGCUUUGUCAUCCAGACAAUGCAUGAGAUCGGCGUGCCUCUGCCCAGACUGCUGGAAGUUUACGAUCAGCUGUUCAAGUCUCGGGAUCCAUUCUGGAACAGAAUGAAGAAGCCGCUGCACCUCUUGGACUGCACUCACGUUCUACUGGCCAGAUACGUGGAGAACCCCAGCCAGGUUGUGAGCUGCGAGAGGAGAAGGUUCACCAACCUCUGCCUGGACGCCGUCUGCGGCUACCUGGUUGAGCUCCAGUCCAUGAGCUCGUCCUCGGCCGUGCAAGCCGUCACCGGGAGCUUUAAGGCUCUCCAGGCCAAGCUGGAGCGGCUCCACUGAUGACGGGUGUUCUGCAGAUGUUUGAUCUGUACAAUAAAAGAUGAGCUCGGUCCAGAACUUAAGAACUAGACUUUUUAAUACAGACAUCUCUUUAAUGAGUGACUAGCAUUGCAAAAUGAAUUAUUUUUCACUACUACUGUGUUGUUCUUUUAUAACUAGUUUGUGAAGUUGAAACCAGGGGCCAGGAAACGUCGCACUGGGUAAAGAUUCAAACCUUAUCCUGCGUGAGGGCCUGCCCUCCGUCGGGUACCAGCUGGGGGCGGCAGGAGCAGCGCCACGGGAGGUCCCAGGAAAUGGAGUGCUACUUGGGUGGCUCUCCCUCUCUUACCUCCCUCUCUCUCUCUCAAGAAAUGUGGAAUAAAAGUCACCCGUUUGAA